CACGUGUGGCCUUGUCGGUGUCUUCCCGGAAUUACAAACAAAUAAAUCAACAACAUCAACACAUCAACAAAACCUACUCUGCAGGAUUAUGAGCACGAGAGGCCAAUCGACAUAGCCAUCAUGCAGCGAACACGCUCUACCCACUCGAUACACCGUCCCUUGUCGCGCGCCUCGACCCAAAGCGCCCACUCUCCCGCCCCCGACAUGUUGCAUCAACAACAAUACAUGAACCACCACAACCCCGAGUCAAUGCUUCUGCACUAUGCCCAAGGCUCCGCACCACACAUGGACGCUCAGAUGAUGCAGCGCACUUUCCAAUCACAACACAUUCCCAUGGACCAGUUCACCGCGCAAGCUCAGCAGUUCGCAACUCAAGACGGCUCGUACAUGUUCCAACCCAACGAGUAUGCUGUACCCAUGGGACUUGCUGCCUUCCCUCAACUCAGCGGCCACGAACCGGAAGACCGCCGUCGCAAAGGAUCGUCAGCCACAGCGACCAACGACAAGGAGUUGCGCGAGUUGCUGUCCAAGAACGAGGCGCGCUCGCUACCAGAAGUCGCGCAAGAGGUCAUCGCGAAGGAACGCACUCCUCAAGCGGAAAAGACGAAACAACUGUUCGCUAUGCUCUGGCUGCGCAAGGUGUGCAAGGCGGCCAAAACAUCAGUGCCGCGCAACCGCGUCUACUCACACUAUGCUACGCGUUGCGGUACAGAACGUGUGGUCCCUCUCAACCCAGCAUCCUUUGGCAAGCUGGUACGAGUCAUCUUCCCGGGUAUCCAAACUAGACGACUCGGUGUCCGUGGUGAGUCCAAGUACCACUAUGUCGACUUGUGCCUGGUCGACGACAACUCGGACUCUCAGCUCAGCCUUCAACGCUCAAACUCAAACUCGUUACACGCCGAUGUCUCGGACAUGCGCCGCAGUGCCUCGACCAACCCUCACCUCGACUUCAGCCAGGUGCCACGUCUUCCUGCCGACGCCGCUGCAUUCCCUACCCAUGGCCUUGACGGUGCGAAUAGCAGUGAAGGCUCCGCCGAAUCGCAUCCCUCACCACAAAUCGAGCCCCGUGGUCCUGGGUCAACGGCACGACUGUUUGCUUAUCCUGAUACGCGUGGCAUGGUGGCCGACAAUGACUGCUCUAUCAUGUACGAUCAAAACUUGCGCUUCCCUGCGAAAGAAGAGGCUCCCUUCCAAGAAAACGACACGAUUGUCUUGCCCAACAUCCUGCCCUUCUGUCCCGUCAAGACGGAUCCCGACACGGCCGAAGCCCUCACAGCGCUAUAUCGCACUCAUUGCACAUCGUUGAUCGACUGUAUUCGCUUCUGCAAGGAAAAGCAGUUCUUCCGCCUCUUCACAUCCUUCCAUGGCACAUUGACGGUCCCUGUCCAAAAACUGCUGGCUCAUCCCAACCUCGCGCCCUGGAUCCAGGCCUGCGACACGUUGAUGUACCAGAAGAUGGUUCGCUUCGUCUCGCGUCUCACACUUCAGGCUGCACCUCCAGUCGUCAUCAAUAUUCUCAACAACAUCUCUACCAACUUGCACGCCCACAUCUCAAAGACAUUCGCUUCGCACCCUGCACAUGUGCUGCAAGCCAAGCUCAAGCCUGCUGCGACCUUCGCCAGCCUUCUGCAUCGCUUGAUCCGUGUCAACGCUGCCGCCCACGCUGCUGCAAACCUCCUCACUGUCGACCAGAACCGUGAGCAGAUGUGGCGUGAAUGGGUUACCAUGGUCAACCCCAAGCGUGUCAUGGAGGCCGAGCUGCCCGCCUGUGGCUACGAAGAAGUCUACAAGAUCAUGACUUGUGACAUCAGAGGCCUCCUAGAGCCUCUCAGCUCUCCUCCCUUCCCUGACAACCCGCUCUUCGCUCAUGACAACCAAGCAUAUGGUUACGCUCAAGCCAACUUCCCAACCUUCCAGCAACCGCCACCUCAGUCCACAGAUCAGUCAGGACAAGUUUCGACUGAAAACGUCCUCGACAGGUGGUCUGUCUUCCUCACCUCCCUUCCUUCGCGCUUCCCCGAAGCCAACACGAGACUCUUGCUGCACUGCAUUAGUGCUGUUGGAACUGCAGCCCUAAGAGACAUCACUAUCAUGGGAGGAGCUAGCUACCAAACUUGGUGGGUCAUGAAGAUCUUCGUUGAUGAGAUGGCCUUGUGGCUGGCAGCGAUGGGUGGUUUCCUUGAACAUAACCCUGUCCAUGCCACUCCUGCUGCGUCUGUUGUUCAAGUGUCUCCUGACGUCAAGCCUGUCGACUCAAAUGGUAGCAUGCGUAGUGGGAGCGACAGUAGAAUGAGCAGCAUGGAGGUUGACUUCAAGAUGCAGCCGCAAUCACGGCCUGCUAGUGCUCAAAUGACGCGUGCUUUGUCCACACAAUCCAUGCAUACUUACAAUGCCUCUUUCGACAUGGGCAGCCAGCCGAUGCAGCUGUCGCAAUCACAACAACUCUCAUCGCAGCCACACCAAAGAUUCGCAAUGCCUCAUCCGCGACAAUCUCUGCCUUCUCAGCCCAUUCAGAACCAGAGUCUGGACGCAGCCGAUCUUGACGACAGCGGCAUUGGGAUGGGCCUAGUUGACGACGAUCUGAAUCUGUCCAAGUACGGGAUGAUGAGCGGAGAUAUGUCAGUCAAUAUUCUCUGA